ACCAGAGGACUGGUGGGACAGAGGAAUGCCGCUGGUCACUAACAGAGACAUUAUUUUAAACCUAUCUUUUUAUACAUUGCAGAACCAUACAGCUUACACAGGCUGUUAAAUCGGACUUUUAGUUGAACAUUUGUACGCCUGGCUGUGGAGGUGACAGGCUAGAUGCCAUGAACCCGCUGCUGCCCGCAGACACGGAGGUGAUGGAGCGAGAGGCAGACAAGGAUGCGAGGAGGAAGAUCCAGUUCUCCGUGCCUUCCGCCGUGCCCACCCAGUUGGACCCGCGGCAGGUGGAGAUGAUUCGACGUCGGAGACCGACGCCAGCCACGCUCUUCAGAUUGACGGACCCACCAUCACCAGACGAAGAAAUUGGCCCUCAUCAGGUAGCUCAGCUGUGGGUUCUGGGGGAAAAUGGAGCAUUGAAAGCCAAACUGGUUCACACGUCAGCCUACCAGCCACCCUCACUUAAAGCUGUUCAGAGGAUGGCCCAGGCCCACCUGUCCUCGCUAGACAUGUCUUCUGUGGACAAAGAGGAACCCUCUUCUGGGGAUGAAGAGGAGGAACAUGAGACGGAGAGCCAGCAAACAAUCUCAGCUACAGAUCUAAAGGAAGAAAGCAAACCACUGAAAGAUCAGUGUGCUGCGCCAGACAGUUUGACAGGAAGUGCUGAUCUCAGCCAUCACCACAGAGACAAAAAGGAGGCAAAAGAAAGAGAGGAAAGAAAAGGAGAAUGACAAAAGAAGAGGACUCCAAUGGAGAACUGAGUGUUAGUGAGGAACAAACUUGCAUAGCACACAUAUAGGCCAUGUGUGUGCAUGCAUUGGUGUAUGUAUGAGUGUAUGUUAUUUUGGUCUGUGAGUAUGUGCUUGCAUGAGACAAAAGAGUUGAGGAAGAGUGUGGAAGAGAGAGAGAGAAUGUGGAAAACAGACGGGCAAUAAGGAAGGUCAGAAUAUUAAUGAGCAGGUAUGAGGAAACGUUUAACUGGAGACUUGUGAAGGACAUCACAUUUCAGUCAACCAAGGAUGCCAGGGCUAAAUUCCAGUCAGCCAAGGACACUGCGCAAAAAAUAUGAGAACUGCUAAGAACAGUGGCAUUUUCUCAAAUAAAUAACUGUGGAUUUUUUUUUAGGUUAAACAGGAUUAAACAGAAUUCUAAGAGUUGCUCAAAGUAUAUCCAUGUGUGAAGAAUCAGAUUUUGAAUCACCUUUAUUCACAUCAUCUACAGGGCAUGUCAUGCAGUGAUACUGGUGCUAAAACACACACCUUAAGAACAAUUAGAAAGAGCAGAUGAUGCACACAGCUCAAGAUAAAAUUUCUAUACAAGCGGUAACAAACCUACAUUUGCAGAUAACAUAUACACUAUCUAAUGCAUACAUGUAAACAUGUAAGAUUCAAUCAUAUCUGUAUUGAUAUGAUCAAAGUGAAAAAAUGUCUUAGGGCCCUGAUGAGGUUCCUAUUUUAUAGUAUGUGUCAUACAGUUUGAGACUAAGGUCUUGCAGUUAUUGUAUGUGAUACACAGAUAUGAUACACUUUAUUACAUGAUAUACUACAUUAUAAAAUACAGUAAAGAGUGAUAAGAUGACAAAAUCAUAUUGGAAUGUAACCCAAAAACUAUAAGGAUGCUUUCAAACUGUUAAAAACAACUAUUUCACUUUGCUUUCCUCAACCUUGUAGACAUUUGAGCAUUUGAGCGCCACCAAAGCCACAGCAGACCAGAUCACAUCAUAUCAGACUAAUCUGACUAAUCAUGAUAAUGCAGGACAGUUUUUCUGGUUUGAUUAUGCACGGGCUUUUUGUAACAUGGCGAUUAGCACGCAUGAUCUGUUUGGGAUGGCAGAGAGGAUGUUUGGUAACUGAGAAAAGACCUAUUUUUUCAAAAGCAACAUAUAUUAUAAGUUGACAUUGUAGAUAAAUUGUGUUUUGUGUUGGUUGCUAAUAAAACAGUUAUAUUGUG